GAGAUCCACUGAAGUUUCUAUCUGUGUGUUUAGUUUCAGGAGACUGAUCCUAUUUAACUAUUCAAUUGCAGAUAUAAAUGAAUGCACUUUCGACAAUGGUGGCUGUCAGGACCAGUGCUAUAAUACAGUUGGCAGUUAUUACUGCAAAUGUCAAGCUGGCCAGAAGCUGAAGAAAGAUGGCAGAGCAUGUGAAGACAUCGAUGAAUGUGCGGUGGUGAAUGGAGGCUGCCAGCAGCGCUGUAUUAACACUCUGGGCACCUUCCACUGUGAAUGUGAUACAGGAUACAGACUCCAUGUGGAUGAACGCACCUGCAUAACUUGUUCCCCAGAGACCAGCAGGAAAGAGUGUGACAGUUUUUGCAAAUGUCAGAAUGGAGGCAUCUGUGAUUCUCUGACUGGGCCGUGCCAGUGCCCUCCAGGGGUUCAUGGGAAAGCAUGUGAAGAUGGAUGCCCAAAAGGAUUUUUUGGGACGAACUAAAAGAGUCACUGUCCCAACCAUGGUCAUUGUAACAGGAUGUAUGGUACCUGUAUGUGUGAGCCAGGGUGCUAUGGGAGAUUUUGUCACUUGAACUGUCCCAAGGGGGCCUACGGAGCUGGCUGCUCUUCAGAAUGUCAGUGUAUGGAGGAGAACACCCUGGAAUGCAGUGCCAAAAAUGGUAGCUGCACCUGCAAAUCUGGUUACCAAGGCAACAGAUGCCAGGAAGUGUUGUUGUCUCUUAACAUACCACAUACUUGGGCAGCAGAGAGGCAGACUUGA